CUGAGAGAGAGAGAACGAAGGAGGUUGAGCUGGGCUGGGGAACAUCCCGGAGCCCCUGAAAUCCAGCAGAUCUGUGGCCAGCCCUGCCGCGAUGCUCAUCCCGCUGCCAGGCUGGGUGGCCCUGUGCAUCCUGCAGCUGGCCCUUGUCAGCACCCAGGAGUGCCUGAGCCCCCAGCAGGUGCUCAGCACCGUGCGUCAGAUGCAGAAGCUGCUGUCGGCACAGGAGGCUGCCCACCUCCAGGGCACACGCAGCCUCAAGAAGCAGCUCUCAGUGCUGCACAGCCACAUCCAGAGGCUCGCUGGCAAACGCAACGACAGCUGUCCGCAGCUGGCGGUGCCCCUGAACGGGAGGAAGCUGGGCCGGAGCUCACGGCUGGGCCAUGAUGUUCACUUCAUCUGCAACGCUGGAUAUCAGCUGGUGGGCUCGGAGUCACGGACCUGCCGGAGAGACCGCAGCUGGAGCGGCACCCAGCCCUUCUGCAGAAGUAUCGAUGAAUGUUCCAGCAACCCGUGUGCCAAUGGUGGGACCUGUGUGGAUGGCAACCAGAGCUACACAUGCCUGUGCCCACGGGGCUGGUCAGGAGCCAGCUGCCAGAGCCCUGUCUAUGCCUACUGGGUGACGCUGAGCAACUCAUCCUUCAGCCGCCAGCCCCGCUGCGCCGAAGGCCGCCCGGGCUCACGGCACUGCAGCUGUGAUGCCGGCUUCCAGAUGCGAGCAGGAGGUGUUUGCCAAGAUGUGGAUGAAUGCCAGCUUUUCCAGCCUAACCCCCAGACCCGGAUCUGCCUCCACGACUGCCUCAACCUCCCUGGUUCCUACCGCUGCCUCUGCCCACCGGGGUACGUGCUCCAUGCUGACCGCAACACCUGUGAGGAUGUGGAUGAGUGCGCUGGGAGCCAGCACAACUGCACCCACGGUGAGCUCUGCAUCAACACCUUCGGGGGUCACCGCUGCGUGCGCCCCAAGUGCCCCCCACCACGCCACAACACCAGCUAUGUCAAGACCUCCAGCUUCCAGUGUGAGAGGAACCCCUGCCCCACGGACAGCCGAGCCUGCCGCCUGGCCGCCACCUCCAUCUCCUUCCACUACCUGCCACUCCAGGCCAACCGCACCGUGCCCCGCGUCCUCUUCAAGAUGUCCACCACCCGCUUCGUGGGUGACAGCCUGCGCUUCGCCAUCAUAGGUGGAAGGGGUCAGGGUGUCUUUGCUGUGCGGCGAUCAGACCGGCAGACAGGAGAGCUGGUGCUCAGCAGCCCGGUGGUGGGACCAGCCACACUAGAGGUGGAGCUGGAGAUGAGCGAGUUCUCCCGCAAGGUGCUGCUGGGCAAGCACAUCUUCAAGGUCACGGCCUUUGUGUCCCAGUAUGAGUUUUGAUAUAUGGCUCUGCUGGAGGCAGAUGUGGCUCUUUCCCAGGGAGUGAUGGAGUGGGAUCAGACCUCAGCCAUCGUCCUGUUAGAGCCAUUUAUGGGAGCUGGCCUCAGUGGGUCCUUCCAAGGUGGGAGAUGCUGAUAUCGUAGGAUUCCUCAUGCUUGCUCAUGGCUGUUAGAGCAUAGAAGACCCCUUGCCCAUUGCUGAUGCUGCCAGGAGGAAUCAAGAAGCCAUGCUGGGGGGGUUACAGCAGGAGGGGGCCUAUCUGUGCCAGCCUGCUGUGCCUCCCCACACCUCAUACCUAUCCAAUAAAAGGAAAGUGCCUGUGA